ACACCAUCUCUCCCUCUGUGUCUCUAUGGAAGACAACGCGUGGAUUUGAAAUACUCCAGCCUGGAUGUAACUGCAAAAUCCCAAAAGAUCGAGGGGUUGAACAGUCCAAGCUGAAGACGUCGCAGACGCCCACAGGAGGAGAGACAGGAACUGAGAGCAGAGUGGGAGCAGACACACAGGUCCAAUGGCGACCAACAACACAGCGAGUAUCGCUCAGGCCCGAAAACUGGUGGAGCAGCUAAAGAUGGAGGCCAAUAUCGACCGGAUAAAGGUCUCUAAAGCUGCAGCAGACCUGAUGUCAUACUGCGAUGCCCAUGCCAAAGAGGACCCGCUCCUGUCCCCGGUGCCCGCCUCCGAAAACCCAUUCAGAGAGAAGAAGUUUUUCUGUUCCAUCUUGUAAACAGUACGAGCUCCAAACAUGCUCCAGUCCGGGGAGGACUUUUUAACCUCCGGACUACAAACAUGGUGGAUUUUGGUGGAGAAGAUGGUGAUGGUGGUUAUGGUUCCUGGCCCUCCACUUUCAGAGGGUCUACAGCAUGAUGAGCAGAUGAUAAUAUAGAGUUUUUGGGUAACGCUUUAGCAAGACGAGGUAAACAGCAGCCGAAGGGUCCUGCAAAGU